UAUACACAAAACGUUACCUUCUGUACAAACAAGAGUAUUUAAUUAGUGUAAUUCAAAAUAAUUAACACCCAACGUUAAUUACUCAUUAACAAUAUGGACAGGAAAGCUUUUGGCGUAAAAACUUUCAAUAGCCAACGACCGAGGGUCGAUAGAUUCGUGGCACCGAGGGCCUCUUUCGCGGAACUGCGCCGGCGCACCUUGUCCACGUGGAGCUGGGAACCACCGAACACCGACUACUGGUAUACAAAAUACAUAAAACAGAGGCAAUACAUAAACUAUCUAGAUGAUGCUCUACAAUUGGAACCACUGAAGCGGUAUGACGAUAAGGAAUCCACGAAGAAAGAGUCCUGGCCCUGUGUUCCCAGAAAGAGGCGUUACUUAUCAUCAGCCGACAGUAUUCUUGACCUGCCUACGUAUAGCUACGCGACUUUUCCAGAACUCCUUGAUUGGAGCAACGACAAUAUUCUGGUGGCAGCCCUGGGUAGGAACUACCACAAAUGGAGCUGGCGGUCGCAGAAACUGAUUAGCCAAGGCCAGGCGCAGUAUGACAUUCAUUGCUGUAAAUUCGACCCGCGCAGUGAACUGCUUAUAUUAGGAACACAUUACAAAAGUGUGGAGAUUCACGACAGUACGACGAACAGAUGGUUGAGGAGCAGUUGCUGCCGGUGCCGGUUGCUUGUUAACAGCUAUUGCUCUAUCACUACCCUCGACUGGAGCCCGACUGGAAACUCCUUCGUAACGGGCUGUUCCAUGGGAAUGGUGACUUCUUUUACCCGGUGUACCAGAAUAAUAAGCUGGAAGGAAAUGAUGUGUGGCCCGGUGUUGAUCGUGAAGGUGUCACCGGACGCUCGCUACGUCGUCCUCGCCACUCUCAACGCUGACACCGUCUACGUGUUGAGUUGGCCUUCCCUCGAGAUGAUUACAAACGUCGCAUCGGAUUGGACAAUUACGACAUUGGCAUGGCAUCCCUGGAGGAGUGCCCUUCUAGGAAUCGGUGCUAUUAACUCCGAUCUGAGAGCGACAAUCGCCAUGUGGGACGCGCCCUCCGAGAAAGUGUGCGAAGCGAACAUAGGCCAUGACCAGUACAGCCUCGAUGCGAUGCUGUUCAGCGACAGAACUGGAGAGUUGGUGAUCAGCUUGUGGAACUCAGACACGUCCUCGAGACAGCCGAAGCCAUGUUCACAUCUGUUGGUUCUCGGUGACGCUCACACAGUCGUGGACCACUGGGGCGAAGGUACCAGCGGCUUGGACAGAAUACGGACAAUGAUCUUUAGUCCUGACGGAACUAAACUCGCUACAGCAACAGCCGAUGAGGACUUGAUAAUCUGGAACUUUCUACCAGAAGACAAGAAGAGGACAAGAUGCAAAAGAUUCUGCUUGAUGCCUGUCUACCUAGAUACGGCCAUGCACGGCUUCUCGGUACGAUAAAUUUUUCUAGACAAUCAUCGUAAACUUUAUUGCAUUUUUAUUUUUGUUAAUUUGGCUCCUAUUUUAAUUAAAAACUAUAUAUAAUAUGCAAUUUAUAUAUAUAUAUAUAUAGGAAAAUGCUCAAAGACUGACUGACUGACACAUAUAUCAUUUGUACAGCCGAAACUGCUGAAUAUAGAAUCUUUAAAUUUUGUAAACAGACUCUUUAUAGAGCGUAGGUGAACAAGAAUAAUUUUGAAAAUUCAACCCCUAAAAGGGUAAAACGAAGGUUGAAAAUUUGUAUGGAAUUUCAUCAGUUUAGAAGUUAAUGAUGUUAAAUGUUAGAUUCAGACUUAUGGUUCAAAACAAAAUCCGCGAUAAAUCAUAUACAACACGCGAGCAAAGGCGCGGGAAAAAGCUAGUUUUUAAUAUAGUAAUUUUACAGAAUGAUAUGAAAAUAAUUGCUUUUUUACGCUAUAAUUAACAAUAAUAAAAAGUAAUAUAGUUGACAAAUAAAUAAUUAUAUACGAGUAGUUAAAAUUUGAUAAAUUUUUAUUUUACUUAUUAUUUUAUAUUUAUAUAUUUUAGUUCUUAUAAAUUGCUAUGCUGGAUGUAUCAUACCUAAUUAUUUUUAGAUUAAUAAAUUUUAUAUCAAAAUAUACACUUUAUUU